AUGGCAGCUUCCUGUAUUUACGACGUGUUCCUGUCUUUCAGCGGUAUUGAUACCCGUAAGAAAUUCACGGCCCAUCUCUUGGCCGCUCUGGAUCGGCAUGGUUUUUACACAUUUAGAGAUGACACUAAACUCAAAAGAGGAGAAGAAAUUGGUCCCGGAUUGCUAAAAGCAAUCGAGCAAUCUAAGGUUUCUAUUAUAAUAUUCUCCGAAAACUACGCAGCCUCAAGAUGGUGCCUUGAUGAGCUUGUGACGAUCAUGGAUUGCAAGAGGACACUCAAUCAGAUUGUUAUUCCUAUCUUUUAUGACGUGCAACCCUCCGAAGUUCGGUCACCGAUGGGUUGUUAUGCAAAAGCAUUUGCCAAUCACGAAAAGCAGUUCGAGGAAACGGUGAAGAUUUGGAGGUGUGAGUCAACCUUUAUUGAGAUUGUUGUUGGAGUAGUCGCAAAGAAAUUAAAUCCUACAUGGCUUAGUGUUGCAGACUAUCCGGUUGGAAUAGAAUAUCGGGUUGAAAAACUGAAUUACUUUCUACAUUUGGAUUCAAUGGAUUCAAAUAGUGAUGUUAGGAUUGUUGCCAUAUGGGGAAUUGGUGGAAUAGGCAAGACAACAAUUGCUAAAGCAUUGUAUAAUGACAUACACAAGAAGUUUGAAAGCAGUAGCUUUCUUGCAAAUGUUGGACAAACUUCGAUGCAGCCCAACGGUCUUGUUGAAUUACAAGAAAAGCUUCUUUGUGAUAUCCUCCUAAUGGAUGGCAAUCAGAGAAUAAGAAGCCAGGAUUGUGGAAUUGAGAUCAUAAUAACAACCAGAGAUUUGUCUUCAAUAAGUUCGCUUGAAGUGGAUGAGGUAUAUAUACCCGAAGAGUUGAAUAACGAGGAAUCUCUUCGACUCUUUAGUUGGCAUGCCUUUAAGAGAUACCGUCCUCUACAAGACUAUGAGAUCCUCUCUGAGAAAGUAGUAAGCUAUGCUAAAGGGCUUCCUUUAGUUCUUGAAAUUUUAGGUGCCUCUUUGUUGAACAGGACCAUAGCUGAAUGGAAAAGUGAAUUGAAGAAGUUGAGAAAGAUUCCUCAUACGGAUGUUCAAAGAAAACUUUCGUUGAGCGUCAAUUCACUUGAUGAUGAACAAAAGGGUUUAUUCCUUGAUAUCGCAUGCUUUUUUGUUGGAAUGGACAAAGAUUUUCCGAUCAAAAUACUAGAAGGUUGCGGUUUCUUCCCAGAAUCUGGAAUUGGGGUUCUAUCUCGUCGUGGUCUUGUGAGCAUUGAUGUGCUUAACCGGCUGACAAUGCAUGAUCUGAUUCAAGACAUGGCUAGAGAGAUCGUCCGCUAA